CAGCCGGAGCCGCUGGUCCUGGCUCCGACGGGGACAUCGCGCCGAGCCAGCAGCCGCAGAUGGGCCCUUGAAGGCGGCUUAGAGAGCGGGAAGUCCUUCAAGCCUUCUGCCGAGCUGGAGGAGCCCAAGCCCAGCAGAAAGCAGCCCAGCACGUGCCUCCGCUCAGUGAUGGCCACAGCAAAGGCAGACCCCAAGUUUGGGGAGAUCUUCCGCUUCAACACCCCCAUGCUGAUGUGGGACCAGCACUUCACCCCAGAGACCUGGGACAGGCUGAAGACACGGCACGUCCCCUAUGGCUGGCAAGGCUUGUCCCACGCAGCGGUGGGCAGCACCCUCCGGCUCCUCAACGCCUCCGCCAACAGGCACCUCUUCGACAGGGACGCCUUCCCGGGGGGCUGUGUCCGCUGCGCCGUGGUGGGCAAUGGCGGCAUCCUCAACGGCUCGCGGCAGGGCAAGGCGAUCGAUGCUCACGACCUGGUCUUCAGGUGA